CAUGUGAUAAGAUCAAUGUCAUAAUCUGGACCGAACAUCACGGAAUACAUUCAGGCAUAGCUGGAGUGGGGUUUGAUCGUAACUGUACACUAGUGAAUCUAUCCAACGUUUUGACGGUAUGUCUGGUACCGGGAUGGCGUCCAUUUCUACCUUCACCCCCGGGGGUGUUGCGGGGACGCUGGCUCUGGGUGCGGUCAUCUAUGCCCUAUAUCAGUUAAUACGAUUUCUGUGGUAUAUGCGUUACCUAAGUAACGUGUUUCGGGAUGUACCUGGACCUGGAAAUUCCCAUUGGUUGUACGGGGACAUGUUUCAGUCCUCAACAGAAGGGGACAGGAGGCUAGAGUACUUACGCCAACUAUGCAAACAGUUUCCACGCUUCUACCGCAUUUGGAUAGGCCCUAAACCUGUGAUUAUGUUAACGCAUCCCGACACCAUCAAGAUUGUCCUCAAAACAGCAGAGCCUAAAUCUGUGGGUUUCGGUGGUAUAUACCGCCAUGGACGCCCCUGGCUCGGAGACGGUCUGCUGAUAGCGGGCGGACAACGCUGGGCCCGCGCUCGUCGUCUCCUCACCCCAGCAUUUCACUUUGAUGUACUGCGUCCAUACAUGCACAUCUACAACGAGGCUGCUGAGGAGCUUCUGACAAACAUUGGCCCGUGUGAGAAGAGCGGUAAGAGUUUUGAGACGUUCAGCGUAGUGAGUGCCUGUACCCUGGACAUCAUACUGAGGUGUGCCUUCUCCUACCGUACCAACUGUCAGAACCUCAACGAAGCCCACCCAUACGUUACUGCCGUCAAUGAGAUAGCAGAGGAGUGGGCCAAUAGAAACAGGAAACCCUGGUUGUAUCCCGACAUCAUUUUCUAUUUGACUAAAAAAGGGCGAUUGUUUACACGACAAUGUAAAUAUGUACACGGCGUGGCGGAGGAGGUGAUAGACAAGAGAAAGCGUACGCUCGAUGCUGGAGGCGUACCUGAGAAGAAGUACAAAGAUUUCCUUGACAUUCUACUGAUGGCUCGGGAUGAGAACGGAAAGGGACUCACCAGGGAGGAGAUCCGAAAUGAGGUCGACACAUUCCUGUUUGAAGGUCACGACACGACAGCCAGCGCCAUCUCGUGGAUAUUGUACUCGUUAGCCACACACCCAGAGCACCAGAUUAGGGUACAGGAGGAGAUCGACCAUGUCCUGGAAGGUCGGCAGUCUGACCGGCUCCAGUGGGAUGACAUGCCAAAGUUGGAGUACUUAACCAUGUGCAUCAAAGAGGGAAUGAGGCUACAUAGCCCCGUCCCCUUCAUACAACGGGAAAGUACGCGAGAGUUCACUAUUGACGGGAAGACCCUGCCCCCGGGUACCAACCUUACGUGUGCUAUCUACUCCGUCCAUCACAAUCCGACGGUGUGGCACAACUCCCUGGACUUCAUCCCGCAAAGAUUUUCCAAGGAAAACACCACUAAGAUGGAUUCGUUUGCGUUUAUCCCCUUUGCUGCAGGCCCAAGAAACUGUAUAGGACAGCAGUUUGCGAUGAAUGAGGAGAAAGUUACCAUCGCCAGAAUUUUACACAAGUACACUAUCGAAGUUGAUCCCACUGUUGAAGUGAGGAAACAUCCCGCCGCGGUCAUGAGGAGCAAAAACGGAAUCUAUCUACACGUCAAAAGUCGCCACUGAUUGUUUAAUAAAGACGUGCAUUGAGGACUAUAUUUGUGUAAAUAUGUUCUUUGGAUACAAAAGUGUCGUUUUUUUAUAAGGUAAUAAAAUAUGAUGAAACC